AUGGCGAAACUGGAAUUUGAUGAUAAAAAAUCAAUUAAUGAACUCUUGAAAGAAUAUAAUUCUACAUCGUUGAUCGAGUGUGCAGCUCUCUGUCAAAGGGAAUGUAGAUUCUUUGGAUUUAAUUCUCAAAUGAAGAAAUGCCAUACGCACAAGAAAAUCCUCACUUCGGAGAUGUCUAAUGAGGGGGACUGGAGAUUCUAUUCCCAUAAAUUUAUUCCCAAAGAUUGUAAGGAUCUUCAUACAGAUGGUCACACUAAAACAGGUGUGUAUGAAAUCUAUCCCUAUGGCACCUUUACCAGUCCUGUCAGAGUUUACUGCGACAUGGAGACAAUGGACGGAGGAUGGAUGGCAAUUCAGAAACGAGUUAAUGGAUCCCUGAGCUUUGACAGGAAUUGGACAGAAUACAAGAAUGGUUUUGGUUCACCAGAACAGGAUAUCUGGGUUGGAAAUGACGUAAUCCAUCAGUUAACAAAGGGGCACAACUCCUCCCUUUAUGUUUCCAUCAUACUAACGAAUGGUUCGAGCUUGUACGAGUUGUAUGAUCGAUUCUCGGUCUCCGAUGAAACAGAGAAAUAUCAACUUUUUCUAGCUGGGCCUGCCAUGGGAACUUUAGGUGACAGUAUGUUAGACACUGGUUAUCCCAAUGACUACUGUAAUAUAUUGUCUCUAUUUCUACAGGUGACAGUUUGUGACAGUAUGUUAAACACUGGUUCUCCCGAUUUGAAAGCUCUGUCUGGGAUGUACUUUACUACCUCAGACAGGGAUAACGACAGGAAUAUAAAAAGUAACUGUGCUGUUAUCAACAGAGGAGGCUGGUGGUUUAACUCCUGUCGCUGGGCCUUCCUUAACGGUCCCUGGUACCCGGCAGCGUGGAGCAAACCUUGGCAUCCUACAGUAAAGAAUGGGACAUCUGUGAGGGGGACAAUGAUGUUAAUCAAACGUCAUUAG